UCCCCUCUCCCGCAGCCGCGUCCACACUGCGCCGCCAGGGCAGCCCAGAGCGCUGCGCGCACGGGCACCGGAGCUGGGGCCGCCACCACUGCCCCUCCCCGCAGCCAGGUUCGCGGCCCGCUACCGUCUAGGCUCGCACCAGCGUUCCCCCGACGGAACCGCCGCAAGCAAUUAGCCAGCAUCCCGAACCGGCCCCCAGACGCACCCCAGGCCCAAGGCAAGGAUGAGCAAGACGCGUGAGGCACAAAGCCGAAACUCAACUUUUUAAAGAUAUUAUUUGCUUUGUGUGCGUGUGUGUGCGCGCGCGCGGGGGGGUGGAGGGAGGGGGAAGCGGCAGAAUGAGCUGAUGCCGAGGGUACAGCCACCCCACUUCUGCCUGCCUCCUCCUCCCCCUAAAGCUACUGCCCUAGCACACGCGCGCACACACUGCACUUGGGCCGGGUUUCGGCGCUCUGUCCCCCGGCUUGGAUGGGAGUUUUCAUUUCCGAAGGAGGCAGAGCCAGGGGAGCUCGCUGAAGGGCUGGAGCCCCAAGUUUCUCCUCGCCAGCGCUGGCUGCCCGCUGUCAUUCGCUCAGGCUGGCCGGGGGAAGGGACCCGCACGCCAGGCUUUGUUGUGGAAAUCCCGGGUUACCUGGGUUCAAAGUGCUUCAGAAAACACUAUUUUAUCAAUGAGUGGAGAAUAGAUGGCCGAUGUCAUCUGGCAAAGCACAGAGACAUUAAGUGACUCUUGCCCACAAUCAACCAAUGAAUCAACAGACCGGCUAAUAAACCACACCAUGGAUAACUUAUUGGACUUUGCCUGAAAGGAAUCAUUAGUGUCAUUGGAUAUUUGACCAACCUGGCUACAGGUUUUUUCAGAAUGAAUGGAAGGUCAUGCAGCAUGAAUCUCCACCGGACAUCAGGAACCCCACAGGGGCCUGGGAUGGUCAGUGGCCAACACAUCCCUCCCAUUCAAGCCCAUUCGGGGACUCCUGGCCCCUCACCCUGUGGCAGCACAACAAGCUCUGCCAUUGGAAGCCUUGCUGACAGCCUCCAUCUCAAGAUGCCCUCAGGAGGAGGGAUGGCUCCUCAGAGCAACAUGAAUGAGAGCCCCAUCCAUCUGCCUGCCUUGAGCCCCAGGAGACAAGUGCUCACCAGUGGGAAGCCACGUUUCCAGGUCACCCAGGCUGGAGGCGUGUCAGGGCCACACACAUUAAAGCCAAAGCAGCAGGAGUUUGGAAGCCCCUUUCCUCCAAAUUCUGGGAAAGGGGCUCUUGGCUUUGGGCCUCAGUGCAAGUCCAUUGGAAAAGGCAGCUGCAACAAUCUAGUGGUCACCAGCAGUCCCAUGAUGGUUCAGCGACUGGGACCCAUUUCACCUCCAGCAAGCCAGGUCUCUACAGCAUGCAACCAGAUCAGUCCUAGCUUACAGAGGGCAAUGAAUGCAGCCAACCUGAAUAUACCUCCUUCAGAUACCAGGUCCCUUAUUUCGCGAGAGUCUUUGGCCUCCUCAACUUUGAGCCUGACAGAAAGUCAGUCGACCUUGAACGUGAAACAAGAGUGGUCGCACGGCUAUAAGGCUCUCCCUUCACUCUCCUCGAACCACAACUCUCAGAAUGGCACUGAUCUAGGGGACCUGAUUAGCCUUCCUCCUGGGACAGCCAUGUCGGGCAACAGUGUCUCUAACUCAUUGCCGUCCUACCUUUUCGGUAUGGAAAAUAGCCACUCUCCUUACCCCAGUCCCCGACACUCUUCAGCCAGGUCCCACUCGGCCCGCUCCAAGAAGAGAGCACUGUCCUUGUCCCCGCUGUCCGACGGCAUCGGGAUAGACUUCAACACCAUCAUCCGCACCUCGCCCACGUCCUUGGUCGCCUACAUCAACGGGUCGAGGGCUUCCCCCGCCAACAUGUCUCCGCAGCCUGAGGUCUACGGGCAUUUCCUGGGCGUGCGAGGCAGCUGCAUUCCCCAGCCGAGCUCAGUGCCAAGUAGCCAGAAGGGUGCGCGGGCGGCCGGCGGCGGCCUGGCUCUCCCAGCCUACGACGAGGACAGCGCGCUGGAGUAUGAGCGCAUGCACCAGCUGGAGCACGGCGGCCUGCAGCCUGGCCUGGUCAACAACAUGGUGGUGCAGCACGGCCUGCCGGAGCCUGCGGGCCAGCCGGCCGGCCUGCUCAAGACCGAGCGCCUGGACGAGUUCCCCGGUGGCGUCCUGGACCUGCCCCCUGCACCCGCUCUGCCUCCCCUGCCACCGCCGCCCCAGCCCCAAGGCCCCCCGCCGCCCUACCACGCCCACCCGCAUCUGCAUCAUCCAGAGCUGGUCCACCAGGCCCAGCCGCUGGCCCUGCCCCCGGCCGCCCUGGAAGAGGAGGGGGAGAUGGAUGACGCUGGGGGCAAGCACUGCUGUCGCUGGAUCGACUGCAGUGCCCUGUAUGACCACCAGGAGGAACUUGUGCGGCACAUCGAGAAGGUCCACAUAGACCAGCGCAAAGGAGAAGACUUCACUUGUUUCUGGGCCGGUUGUCCCCGAAGGUACAAGCCAUUUAAUGCCCGCUAUAAACUGUUGAUCCACAUGAGAGUUCACUCGGGGGAAAAGCCCAACAAGUGUUCGUUUGAAGGUUGCAAGAAGGCCUUUUCAAGGCUCGAAAAUCUCAAGAUUCAUUUGCGGAGCCACACAGGCGAGAAGCCGUAUUUGUGCCAGCAUCCGGGCUGUCAGAAGGCGUUCAGUAACUCCAGUGACCGCGCCAAGCACCAGAGGACACAUCUGGACACUAAACCUUAUGCUUGUCAAAUUCCGGGAUGCACCAAACGCUACACAGACCCAAGUUCCUUAAGAAAGCAUGUGAAGGCACAUUCUUCCAAAGAUCAGCAAGCAAGGAAAAAGCUGCGGUCCAGUGCUGAGCUCCAUCCCGACCUGCUCACAGACUGCCUCACGGUGCAGCCCUUGCAGCCCUCCACCUCCCCACGAGACGCUGUCGAUAGGGCAGUGGGAUGCUCCCCAGAGCCCGGGCCUGACCUCUAUCCAGCUUCCAUUUUCUCCAGCAAUCACUCAAGCCGAAGUGGAACAGCUGCCGGGGCCGUGCCACCCCCACAUCCCGUCAGUCACCCUUCUCCGGGACACACUGUACGGGGGAGCCCCCACAACCCCUCCUCCCAGUUACCGCCACUCGCAGCUGUGGACGCCGGAGCUGAGAGGUUUGCGCCUUCUGCUCCAUCUCCUCACCACAUUAGCCCCCGGAGAGUUCCAGCUCCUUCUUCAAUAAUGCAGAGAACACAGCCUCCCCAUACCCAGCAGCCCUCAGGAUCACACCUGAAGUCUUAUCAGCCAGAAACAAGCUCUUUUCAACCAAAUGGAAUCCAUGUCCAUGGAUUUUAUGGGCAACUACAGACAUUCUGCCCCCCGAAUUACCCUGACUCUCAGAGAACCAUGCCACCUAGCAGUUCCUGCAGUGUGAUGCCUUCCUUCGAGGACUGUCUGGUCCCCACUUCCGUGGGCCAGGCUGGCUUUGAUGUUUUCCACAGAGCCUUCUCAACUCACUCGGGCAUUACAGUGUAUGAUUUGCCUUCGGGUUCAUCAAGCCUCUUUGGGGAGACUCUUCGCAGUGGACCUGAAGAUGCCACAUUCUUACAGAUCAGUGCUGUGGACCGCUGUCCUAGCCAGCUCUCCUCUGUCUAUACUGAAGGCUAAAAUCUCCCCUAGCCUCCACUGCUGCUGGCAUCCAGAAUCUUUUUGCUCCUUGUCACCUUUUGUUCUUAUACUUUCGCAGACCCUAAGAAAAAGGAUGUCAAGCAAAUCAACUCAAUAUGCCACACCACAGAUGUGUCUUUGGAGAGCAGGGCUGGAUGGUCAGAGCUGGGAUUUGUAGGUGUGUUUGCAACUGCUCCUUUUUCCCUCUGGAUUUGCCAGUGACCAGCAGGACUGUCUUUUCAAAGGGAAUUCGGAGUCUCACUACUGGGUAUCUGUUAUUUCCCAAUUGUCAACCUUCAAGGGACACCAGUGAGAUUAUGUGCAUGUGAAAAUGUAAUUUGGAGAUCACUCUUGCUGAAAACUCCAAAUAAGGAUGGACAACCCAGAUUGCCAGCACAGUGAAUUGCCUCACCCAAGAGCCAGGCGCAACAAGGGAAAUCCACAUCCAAGCCCAGCAUGGGCUCAGCCCAGUUUCCCAGCACCAGCCUGGCAUCCAGGGAGCUGGCUGCCUCUCUCCUCCUGGGUACUCCCAUGCUAACCAAUUGCUUUUCAGUGUUUUUCCAAAAGCAAAAUGAGAAGGUUCUGUCAAGCACAGCCCCUUGGAAAGCUUGACAACUUGUUUUGUAUUCCUGCAACCUAUCUUAGUCCUUUGAUUUUAAAGCCUUGUUAUUUACAUGUACGUUUAAAGGAAAAAAUAUUUAGAAGUCUGUUCUUUGGAUGGAAAUAAUUAUUUUAAUCACCCCAGCUACAUACGUCUGGCCUCUGCUGUGGCUUGGCUUGGCCCCACCUCAUAGCUUCUGUGUGCACCAGGAAUGUUCUGCAAAGGCUACCUGAGGGACAUGGGGUCAGCCACCCCCUUCCCAGUGCUGCCACAGAGAGCCUCGUGUGUUGACUGUUAGUGACUCCACCUUGAGGACUUUAUUCAAAGGAAAAUUUCUCUUGACUGGUUCACCCAUGGCCUCCACUCUGGUGCUCUGCCCAGAGACCUGCUAGAAGCUGUGAGAGCAGGGACACAUGGAGGUGUGCUCCUGGGUUCUCUCAGAAAACCAAACUAGCAGUGCCCGAUGUCCAGCUACUUUGCACAGCCUCUGCUCCCUCUGUUAGGAUCUCCCCUCACCAGUCUCUGUCGCUCCCUUGCCCUUCUCCUCCCUCUUCAUUGCUCUCAUCCUGUUUUUUUGACUGUAGUUCAGACAUACCCACCACCUGAGCAGGGUCUAGCUUAGGGCAGGUAGAGGAGACAGUUCUGGAAAGGUGGCCAAAAAGAAGCAACCGCUUUGUCUGAAACUCUGUUUUGAGCGCCUAGAAUUUUCACAGAGCUCUUGGCCAUUUGAUCUCAAACCUGAAUAGGAAGUCAUUUUCUGUGACACCUUUUUGUUGCUGUUGUUUUAUCGCUAAGUCAUGCCCGACUCCUUGCCGCCCCAAGGACUAAAGCCAUCCAGGCUCCUCUGUCCUCUGUGACACCUUUACCAAGCAAUUAAAAAGGUCCCAAGUCCGAUGACAUAGGCUAUAAAAAUUGCCAAACCCCCCAAAACCUGGUAAAUUCUGACAUCCCAGUACAAUCACAUCUCAUGAUUUCUUUUCUCUCUCUUUAAAAAUGUUCUCUGAAGAAAAAUGAAACAAUGCUAUUUGUCAAACUGGGAUAAUUACAAUCUCCAACAAGACAAUUAAACAGCUUGGUGUCAGACUUAGGAUCUGGUGACAGUUUGUAUCCUGACAGACGUGUCCUUCCAGUCUGCUGCACAGUCGGUAGUGUUCUGCCUGACUCAGGACUUCAUUCCCACAUGCAGUAUAAUCAGGCUAAUAAAGAACCAAGCGCAGGGUCCGCUUUUACAGUGCUCUCAGUCAAUCUCAUUUCUCUGGAUAGUGGGCUCUGAUCUGAGAAGAGCCAUCAUGCAGACAUCUGUGUCUGCGAAAGAGACAAGUUAUUCACUUUACAAAACUCUGCUCUGCUGUAUGAAAGGACGCACGUCAGACUUUUCUUUCCCAAUGAGCUCUCAGACGCACACCAAGUCCCACCCUUCUGGCAGACUUGGUGGAUUGCGUUACCUGUGUCCUUUGCCACACCCUGCGGAGAAAGGGAAGUUCUGGUAUGGUAGACAAUCUAUUCAUUCUAAAUCCCAGAGCCUCUACAGGGAACUCAAAACACAUUUCAUUCAUGUAAUGAGGAAAAAGAUGGAAAGGUAAGGCAGUUACUGCAGUUGAUGUUGUCAGCCUACUUGUGGCUUCUGGCUGUCUUUUGACAUGGAAACAGGGAAGGAGGACAAAGCCAGAAGAACCCCAGAUACUCUGGCUGGAGGAGAUGCUCCUGAGCAUCUGUAGUCUCCCCGCCAGCCUCACUGAGGCCCAAGGGAGCCUGGGGGUGCCAGGUGGCAGCCACACCUGCAGGAUCUCCUUCCCUGGCAGGAAUUAGCAGAAGCAGACCCAGUACCACCUGCAAGGCGGAGCGCCCCUCCUACUCCCUUCCCCAUCCCGUGUUUCACCUUGGCUACAGGUUUGAGCUCAGGACCCCAGGACAUGCCACUUCCAGUUUCCUUCUGGGUGACACGUGCUGGCCUUAGAUUCCAGGAUCUCACCUGACCUUUAAAUUCAUUCCUUGCUUGCUUUCACAUUGCACAAGAUUUAUAUAUGUUUUCAUCAUUAUGUUUGUAACAGUAAAAGUGGAAACUUCAAAAGAUCAUUCCCUUCCAUUUUCUAGUCUUUUUCCUCUUGAUAUAUAACCAUUUUCAUAAACAUCUGAACACAGAUUGUCAUUCCCCUUUAAAAAAAAAAGAAGAAGAAACUGAUGUUCACGAAAAUACAUACAGCCCAAAGCCAAUUAUCCUAUUACAUUAAAAAAAAAAUCAGCAUGCCUAGAGAUAUUUUACUUGCUGCAUUGUCUUAAUUCCCUAAAGGGACUGCAUCACAAUGUAAAUUGUAAUUUAGCCUGUGAUCAGUGUUAAAUAUUAAAUAUUCUAUUCCUGUAAAAUAUCUCCCAUUACCCAUGUCACCCCCCCCCCAAAUUAUUUAGGUGAUUCUAAAAUGGACAAAAGGUCAUCAGUCAAUCACAGCAAAGUUUCCACUGGUGAACCAGAGCUUUGGUGUUACUCUGUUGUUUUUAAAUUAGCAGCUGUCAAGCACAUUAGCAUACUAGAACAGAGGUAAGUGUUCAACCCCAUCUUCAAGAACCUUGCCUCCCAGUUGCCUUGAAUUUGGGGAAUAGUGGUUAAAAAUGUCCAAUUUAAUUAUUUGGUAUUUUAUUUGACUGUUUUGACCAUGUCAUUUUAAAGCAGCAUUUUUAACAGCACUUUUUGUUGGUGGUGUGGAAUUUCUGCGGUUACAUUUUUUUUUCUUUGCAAUGAGUAAAGCAAAAAAAAAAAAAAAACACUCAUUGGAGAGAUGGCAAGUGUAAAAAAGAGGAGAUUUAUUUUGUACAGACAGCAGAGCAUCCUGUGUAAUGUUGCUGACAUAAAGCACUUUGGGGGGAAAAGUGGAAAUCUGUUUUCCAUAAAUCACACAGACUCUUGUACAUAGUUAUAUACACUCACGUAGAGAAAUGAACUGCAUAUAUCAUACUGGAUAUGGGGCUGAUUUUACUCUAGGGGCACAUCUGGUGCUUAUUGUCAUAAAUCUUUUAAAGAAUUAGGUACACUUUUUUCUAUUAAUAUGUAUAGUUUUGUGAUUUGUCACAGUUAUGUUUCAUAUAAUCAUAAGUUAUUUUGUCUCGUUUCAUGAAGUCCUUUUUUUAUGUCAAAAGUAAAAUGAAGGGAUUGUGCACUUGGUACAUAAUAAAACUGGAAAUAGAGGAUGUGCCCACCUGCCUGAAAUCCUCUUUCAGCAUGUUGUUUUAAAACACAAUGGCAGCAACCAUUUUUUGUUUGUUUGUUUGUUUUAUUUUGUUUAGUUUUUACCAUCCGCUUCCCUCAUAUUGGGUCGGUAAUUAUAAUUAAAAGCAGAUGGGGGUGGGGGAGGGAGUGUCCAAGGCCAGCUUUAAAAUGCCGCAUCGCUUUGGGCCAGAGCUGCAGCCUGGAUUUAAUUAUAGAUAUGAGGACAAAAUGACAGUAAAAAUGAAUGUGUCUCUGAAUCCUUUACAUGUUGGGAGUGUCCAUAAAUAAAACAUGAAGUUUUAUUUCAUCAGAUUUAAUUAAAGCUUUUAUACAUGUUUUAUUGGUUAUUCUAUUAAUCUGCUUCAAAAACUGGAUAAAUGUGUGCUGGUGUUUCGGGUCUAUUUGUGCCUUUUCAAUGUAGUGCUACAUCAUGACUCAGAAAUGCCUCUAGUGCAUGGUCCUCCAGGUGAUGGCCAUUGGAGUGGGCCCUUUCUUCCCAGUUAUCCUAACACCCUGCCAAGAAAGACACAAGCAUCAGCUUCCUAAUCUGUAAGUCCUCUGAUUUCCUGAAGGAUAAAGGGGAGGUUGUUCUUUCCCCUGAUUCCUUGUCCUGUCUGGUCUGCAGCCUUUGGGGGACUGCCUGUCCCUCUGGCUGUGAUGAGCUUCUGUCCCUAGCUCCCAUCCACAGGAGACGGGAAAGGGGGAAAGAGUAGUCAGGAAGCUCGCACAACUGACUGACCAGUGAGCCAAACACAGCACUCUAAAAGACAUCACAUUAUCUCAAGGACCAUUCUUAGAAUAUUGAUAGUUUUCUCACAGAAAUUUUAAGACUUGAAGAUUCUGUUAAUGGGAGAUACAAAGCCGAAGGGAUGAUGGCUCCCAGGCACCUCGUCUGGUUCUUCAAGGUGCUGGGGGAACAGGCAGCAAACUCAUGUGGUUCAGGGUUUAGAGGUGGAAAUAGUGCUGACUGACAAGACUCAGAGAGUCUGCUCCUUGAAGGGAGACAGCUGGCGAGAGGGUGAUUUGGUCCAAUCUUUUAGGAGGACAGGGUGGCAUUAACUGAUAGAGUUAAAGAUACACAUACCCUGCACUCCAGCUAUUCCGUUCCUCUCUCGGGAGUCAACAACAGUUCAGAUACAAGAUGUUGAAUGCCGUCCACAAUAGCCAAACACUGGAAAUGACACAACUGUCCACCAACAGUGGGAAGAAGACGUGAACUGUGCUCACGUAAUGAAGUGACAUGUGAGGCAUGCAGCAAAGGCAGUGACAGAACUGCAGCCACAUGCAGUCAUCCAAAGCUGAGUCUCAGGAACUAUGCUGAAAGAAAAAACAAGACAGGAAAGAAAAUAUACAGUGUUAUUCUAUUUAUACACAGUUCAAAAACAAGCAGAAUUCAAAUGUAGAGUUUAGAGGGCAGAAGUGUAAACAACAGUGAGGAAAAUGCUACCACAAAGAUCCAGAUACUGAGGACCUCCUGUCAGGAAGAAAGGGCACCCAGAGGACUUCUCUGUAUGGGUGCUAAGCAACCAUACUUAACUUUCCUGACUCACGUAUUAGAUUAAACAGAUGUUUGCUCUGUACAUACACAUUUUUUAGUUUUUAGUUCAAAUACCAGUGAAGGUCAACUCUUACUGCUCCAGGGGUCUGAAAACUUUGUCUGUAAAGGGCCAGGUCGAAUGCAUUUUUUGGCUUUGAGUCUCAGCUACUCAACUUUGUUGUUGCAGCUCAAAAGCAGCCAGAGACAAUCUACAAAUGAAUGCAUAUGGCUGUGUUACAAUAAAACUUUAUUUAUGGACACAAA